AUGACGGCAAACGCGGAAGAAGAAGCGAACGAAAAACGAAAAAGUACGUGUAUUCAAAUAUUCCAGGAAGAGGCAACCAAUGGAGAAAAGUGCUCGGAACGAGUGGUUCCCUGGGGGUCUGACAGGUGUCGCGUGCAACAAAUAGCUGAAUAUGGAAUCCAUUUCGUGACAUAAACAACGUGUCUGUUCUCAGGCGCCGGUGAUCAUCAGAUCCGUUCGAAACGACAAAAUGGGUAUGGAAAUGGAAUGUGGAAUAAUGGCAAUUUUCCGGGAGGUAACUGGAACGGACCAAACUCCAAUGGUAGACAAUUUUAGUAACACAAAAAUUCCAGAAGUUGUUUUCAGGAUAUGGUGGUUCGGGGCCGCAAGGACCUCCUCCAGAUGAUAGUAUAAAGGGUAGCGUCGGAACGAAAUCCGAAGAGAAGCAGCCGGAUGGAAAUCAGACAAAUGGACAGCAGGGGCAAGGUCCAUGGUGGCCCAACGGUUUGUGUUUUUUUUUCCGUUUUCAAAAACAAAAAUUGAAUUUACUCACCCCUAAUGCUACCUUCCUGUUUUUCAAGACACUGAUGUUUGUUCCAGGUGGCCAAGGCGGGUACUCUGGUCCCAGUGGGUACGGAGAAAAUGGACCGAAUAUGAAUAGUUACAAUAGCAACAAUGGUCCAAUGCCCUUCAACGGUGGGAAUAUGAACGGAAAUGGUAAUGGAAACGUGGAUGACGGCAUCAAAGGAAGCAUCGGAGGUGCUGUGGAGCCGACGAGAGCACCGUAUCCACCAAAUGGAUAUGGAGGCUAUGGAAACGGAAACGGAAACCGUCCGGGGUACGGGAACAAUAACGGUUACGGAGGCAAUCAAGGAUUUGGUUUUAAUCGAAUGGCCGGGGGAUACGGAAACAACUUCGGUCGGCCGAUUCUUCCGCGCGGCGAACGCUUUGUCCAUGGCAGACGUACUUGGAGAUACUAAAUAUGGUUUUGUUCCAUUCUCUCCACGCAACACGGUCCUCCAGAGAUGGAAAGUGGUCUUGGCCUCAGAAACGAAAAAAAAUUUAAGCUAUUUCGGUCCCGAAAAGAAACAUUUUUUUGCAAAUUUUUAGUUUUUUUCGAAAUCUUCAAAUCCAUGUAACUCAUUCAGUUUCUAACGAAUUGUAACUGUUUGUGGAUCAAAAAUUUGCGCGAUAAUUUUGUCUAUAGCUCCCAACUUUGAUUUUUCUGAACAAAAUUCUUCUUUUUCAGCCAUUUUUUUCGCAGAAAACCAGAAAAAAAGCAUUAUGGCAAUUUAAAUUUCCGCCGAGUUACGACUUCGCUACCGAGGCCACGCCUCUUUCCAUCUUCGAGCAAAUAUUAUUGUUGUUCUUUGUAAAAAUGCUUUCUGUAUAUUCUUUCCGUCACGAAAUUCUCUGUCUUUAACUGACAUUCUAUGAAUCUUACUUACCCUUUUUCUCUACCGCCUACUCUUUAGCAAUCAUCUGUACAAAACAAAAAUAGUACGAACGAGACAUGCUCAUAAAGGGGGCGGGUACCGUACAAUAAUUCGCACCAAGGCCACCAUGAAGAAAAUGUCACUACGCCUCCGCAGUAGCAUUCGUCGCAGUGUGCGUCAGAUGGGCCAGCAGUCAGACGACGCGUUAACUACUGAGAAGGCACCGUCUUCCCUUCAUUCAGUCGAAGACGAUGUCGUGGAGGAUGAUGUUGCUAGUGAGGCCGUUGCAGAAACUAGCGAGCCGAGUGAUAGCAUUUCUGAUAUUUUGUCUGACGACGCGCUACCCGUAACCGAGGGACUUACUGCCCGGUCAGGUUAGUUCUCAGUCCAGGUUCUUUAAAAUCGAGAAAGGCGUCCAAAAAGGCGCACACUCCUGCGAAUACAUAAAAAUUCUUUUUCAGAAAAUGUUAAAAGAAAGAAAGCGGAGUGGCACGUGUUAAUAACUGGCGGAGCGGGACAUCUUGCAGAACAGUUAGUGUUCGCGCUUAUCCAACAAGUCAGAGAAGAUGUUCGUCCGAGAGUCGCGGCCACAAUGGAAAGCAAAGUAGAGACUGAGGAAAUCGAGGAAAUUAGUUUGUCUGAAAAAAGUAUCGAUGAAAUGAUUGAUGAUGAAAUCACUGCACGUCUACAUAGUUUCAUUCGGAUUGUUCUUGUAGACCUCAUCUGUCCAGACAUGACCCGAUUCAAUGAGUGUGUCUCGUUCAUCAAAGUGAGUUAUAACAGAAAUUGAACCAUACCCCCAUUGCUUUAAGGGUUCUUUCGAUGACAAAGGAGUUAUGCAGAGUGCUUUGGAAUACGUUGACACUGUAUUCCAUUUGGCCGCCGUUGGAAUGACUGGACAAUAUGCGGUACCUUGAGUUUGACGUACUACGAUAAGUGAAAUAUUGCAGCAUAACCGCAAGGCAUGCAUGGAUAUCAAUGCAAUUGGAACUAUGAAUCUUCUCGACUGGAGCAAACAGUUUGGAGUCAAGCGCUUUAUUUAUACUUCAUCUAUUGGAGUUAUCUUCCAAGGAGAACCACUUGAGAACGCUGAUGAAAACGUGCCUUAUCCUCUCUUUGUUGGUUUUUUGCUUGGAACGUUUCAAUCCUAUCAUUUUAUCUGUUCAGUUCUAUAAUUACUAUUGUGAAUCGAAAGCGCACGCCGAACGCAUCGUUAGACAAGCUUCGUCGGAAAGAAUGAAGUGCUCCGUUUUGCGUUUCAAUGGAAUAUACGGACCCGGGGAGAAGAGAGUUACCGAAAGAGUUAAGGUAUGAAGCAUGUGCUUAAUGUGGCUUUGAUCGAAAAAACAUUUACAGAACUUUAUGAUAUCGGGUUGGUGGAUUGCUUGCUGUAAGCCCGAUGGCGUAGAAGCGCAGACACAGCUUUCGUCCGUAGACAACUGUGUUCACGGACUUUUGCGAGCCGAGAUAACAUUGCGCAACUGUGACGCACCACAUGCGCAGGUACUCUAUUCAAAAAAGGUUGUUCUCAACAUUUGACGUAUGUUUUCAGAUUUACAAUAUCAUGGACCCAGAGCCUGUUGGAACGUUUUCGUUCUGGUCUCCACUGAAUGAAGCGCUGGGAUUUUCAUGUUUUUUGGUCGACAUACCAUCUCACGUACUACGCUCUUGUGGUUAUGUCUCACAAGUCAUUUCAAAUAUUCUAAGAAUUGAUCCCAUUGUGUCGCUCUUGGAAGUGGACUUAUUGCUGACGAACAACACAUUUAACAUCAACAAAGCCCGUCGUGACCUUGGAUACAAUCCUCAUCCUGAUUCGAUGCCAGACGUAAGUGUCUCUAACUCAAUUAACAUAGUGUUCCGGGUUUUCAGAUAAUCUACAAAUACACAAGUGAACUAACCCCGGAGGGACUCGAAAAACAACACAAAAAGAACGUCGUUAUCAAAUGGAUAGUAUUCGUUUCUGUUGUUCUUUUCACUGUGCUGCUAGUCCAAAUACUGAAACUAAUUCUAACCGCAUUGAAUUUCCUUUCCUCUAAACGUCACACCUAUGCUUGAAAUUACCAUUUCCUCAUUUUCCAAUAUUAAUAGAUUUGUAGUGUAAAUGCAAAAUGACGAACAGUAAAUUAUGCAAAUAAAGAAUUUCUGACCAGCCUUUCCAGGCACAAAGUUCGUAGGUCUCAGAUCAAACUGUUAUCUGUGGUUUCUAUGAAAAGCGGUGAUCUUUCGAUGUGGACACAUCCUUAAGAGCAUUUCCGCAGUUAGCACUAUAAAAGCUGGAAACAUGGCAUCGCCCCUAUCGGCUACACUCAGUUCUCGGUACUCUUUUCUUAUUUCAGGUGUUUAAGGCAUUACAUCACUUGUGCUGUUAAUCAUUUCGGCGAUAGCACUUCUGUCGGGGUACGGUUCUUUAACAAUAUAACAAAAUGAUGUGUGAGAACUUUUUCAGAAUACAUGCGGACAGUUCGUUCAAAAUCGACACAACUAACUAUCAGUUUCUUCUUGACGAUCAGCCAUUCCGUUACCUUGCUGGUGAAAUUCAUUAUUUCCGAAUCCCAGCGACGAAAUGGGAAGAUCGACUAAAAAGAGUUCGGUCAAUGGGAUUGAAUGCAAUCACAGUGCCGGUUCCCUGGAACCUGCACCAAAUUGAAUACGAAUCGUGAGAAACGUGGUGAUAAGUUUGUGUUUAACCCAUCUAUUACAGCAUUCCCGAUUUCACAGGCAAUCUGGAUCUGUUCAAGUUCAUCCAAAUGGCUCAGGAUAAUGGGCUGUACACUUUAAUUCGAUUGGGUAAAACAAACAUUUCAAGUGAUUCGUUUAAAAAUCAGUUACUUUCAGGACCUUACAUUGCUGAUGAGUGGGAAAACGGGGGUCUUCCAUGGUGGUUGAUCAAGAACACACAUAUCACAAAGUACAGAAGUAGCAACUUGGCGUAAGUGUGAAUCGUUUCCACAAAUGCAUUCGGUUUGUUUUCAGAUUCAUCGCAGAAGUGUCACAAUGGUGGAACUACCUGCUACCAAAACUGACACCUCUAAUGAGAAAGAAUGGUGGUCCAAUCUUGAUGGCACAGAUUGAGCAUUAUUAUGGGUCCACUGGUAUUUGCGAUCAGGAUUAUCUUCUACAACUCGCAAACCUGGCUAAAAAGUACUUGGGCAAUGACGUGGUUCUUUACUCUGGUUAGUGUACCUCUAAACAUUGAAAUGUUUUGUUCUUGUUGCAGUUGACGUGCCAAUGAUGCCGUUUUUGCAAUGCGGAAGAGUUCCCGGAAUACUGCCAACCAUCGAAAUGAGUCCGAACAGUGACACAAGUGCAGCGAACGGUUGGUUCCAGCAACAACAAGCUCUUGCUGCUGGUGGUCCUCGAGUUGGCUCCCAAUUCCUGUUGGGUGUUUACAAACUGUGGGGCACUUCUGUGAAUGAUCCGUUUACUGAAGAUGUAAUUAUGAAAACACUUCAAGGUGAAUCAAAAACUACCAGUUUUAAAAAAAAUUAUGAUUUGCUUUGCAGCGGGUUGGGCGCUCAACGCUAGUAUGAGUUUUUACCUGGCUCAUGGAGGAACAAACUUUGCAUUUUGGAACGGAAACAAUGCACCAUACCCCGUAACUACGUCAUAUGACUGUUUCGCGCCGAUUUCUGAAUCAGGAGACACGGCGACCAUUCUGUUGGCCAUCAGGAACUUCAUCAACAACAUUCCGGGAUGGCCCAAUCGACCAACGAGUGUUCUUGCCAACAUUCCCAGGAAUAUUUACAGCGACGUGGAAAUGAAACCAACUGAUACACUUAUUGAUUUCGUAGUGUCCAUCAGUACGAAAUGCUGGCUCACUGAAUCGUUGCCGUUGACUGCUGAAGACAUGAACCAAGGAUAUGGAUUUUUGUACUAUCAAACUGUAAGACAAUUUUAUCACCAAUUAAGUAAACAAAGAAAAAUUUCAGAAUAUCACGAGCUGUGGAAGACUAAACAUCUCAAAGUACGCAGAUGACGCCUACGUUUACUUGAAUGGAAACUUUGUGGUACAUACAACGUUAGAUCUUGCUAGUAUUCAAAAUGAUAAUGUUGAGGGUGCCCUGUACAAUCAAAUGGCUGAUAUUCACAACAACACAAUUGACCUUCAAGGAUGCCACAGUGGUGAAAAUAUUUUGGAAAUUUUGGUGGAAAUUUCGGGGAGAAGUCACACGAUGUAUCCGUCAAUUUCAAAGGUAACUAUUUUGAACUCAACUGAACUGUAUGUAGAUUAAUUCAGGGACUCCAAGGUAAAGUUUUCUUGAACGAUAAAAUCAUUUCAAUCUGGAAUAACUGCCAAAUUCCAAUUGGAACCACUGAACUGAACAUUGUGAAAAACUAUGGAAUGAUUCGCGAACAAAUUGCCAGAAGCACAGUUAGGACUUUAUUUCUAAUCAAAGUUUCGACUAAAUCAAUUACAGAAAACAUCUGUGAACACUCAGCAACCAGCAAUAUUUACUGGAACGUUAACAUUGUCGUCGGACCCAAUGGACACUUAUAUUGAUACUCGUGGAUGGGGAAAGGGCUUCAUCACCGUCAAUCAGUACAACAUUGGCAGAUAUUGGCCAACUGAAGGUCCACAAGUCGGUUGAACUUUUGAAAUACACUCUGAUCAAAGUUGUUCAGCAAACUCUCUACCUCCCAUCUGAUUUCUUGCAAAAAGGCGUCAACACCAUCACUUUGUACGAGUUUGAAGGAGCCGGAUCCGCUUGUGGUGGACAAUCUACCUGCACAUUGAAGUUUCUCAAUUAUCUUUUGUUCAGUUAUUAAUACUUUUUUUGCCAAAAUAAAAGUUCUUUCCGUCAACUCUGUUCAUUAUCUAUAGUUGGCCACAUCAAAAUUUGACGUAUGCGGCGAAGAAACGAUAAGAAUCAAGGGUUAACAAGCUGAUAGAAAACUGCUUCCACUCUCAUCAGCAGUCAUGAGUUGGGUUGGCACUUCUAUACUUUUUUUCUGUUUGCUUUCCAGAGUUCUCGGGUAAAUCGCAAUAUUUCCACGAAAUAGUGAAAUUCUGGUGAAUUGUUCAGAAAAGACUCAUCGCCAUCAUUCCAAAUCGACAAAACAAACAGUCAGUUUCUGCUAGAUGGAGAACCGUUCCAGUACUUAGCCGGUGAGAUCCAUUACUUCCGAAUCCCUCACCAAAAAUGGGAUGAUCGUCUGAAACGGGUCCGUGCUCUUGGAUUCAAUGCGAUCACGGUGCCAGUUCCAUGGAAUUUGCAUCAAUACGAUCAGGAUGAGUGAGUUCUGAUCCAUAACCUUAUUAAAAAAAGAUUAUUAACCGUUGUAGAACCCCACAGUUUUUGGGAAACUUGGACUUGGUCAAGUUCAUCAAGACUGCAAAUGAUAACGGACUGUACACCAUUAUCAGAAUUGGUAUUCAGCAUUUCUCAUUCAUCACGCUUUGCUUCUAUCUGAAUUCACAGGUUCUGAAAGCAGAUUUCAGGAUCCCCAAUAAUAAAAAAUCUGACUUUACUUUUUUUUUUCUUAAGGAACCUGAAACCUGGCUUUGGAACCUGUAAAUUCAGAUAGAGCCCACACUUUUUUCUUACAGGGCCAUACAUUUCUGCUGAAUGGGACAACGGAGGUUUGCCAUGGUGGUUGAUCAGAAACACCAAAAUCAACAAGUACCGUACUAGUGAUCCAGCGUUAGUUUUAUGGAACUUCCAAACAACAACAUCGGGACCUUCUUGUUCAGAUUCAUGGAUGAAGUGACGCAAUGGUGGAAGCAUCUUCUGCCCAAAUUGUGGCCGUUGAUGAGAAAAAACGCCGGACCGAUUCUGAUGGUUCAGAUUGAGCAUUUCUAUGGGAAUCUUCAAUUCUGCGACCAAAGCUACAUGCUUGCAUUGGCGAACAUGGCCAGAGAGCAGUUGGGAAAUGAUGUCGUCUUGUUCACUGUCGAUGCUCCACUUGCGUUCUUCUUGAGAUGUGGAACCCUUCCGAACGUGCUCCCGACUAUUGAAAUGCGUCCGAAUACAGCAGCAGGAACAGUUGAAAGAUGGUUCAACUUGCAAAAGUCUUACAUGGCCGGUGCACCAGCAGUUGCAUCUCAUUUUGUCAUUAAUCCAUACAAAGUUUGGGGCCUGAAUGUAACCGAUAGAUAUCAGAACGAUGUAAUUAUCGAAACCGCUAAAAGUAAGUCAUGGUGAUUUUAUCUGACAUUUUUACACAUUUUCUUUAGCUGCAUUCGGUCUGAACGCCAGUAUCAGUUUCCACAUGACCCACGGAGGAACGAACUUUGGAUAUUGGAACGGCGCAUUCGAUCCCUACACAGUCACCACUUCUUAUGAUUCAUUUGCGCCCAUCGCUGAAGCUGGAGACGUCAAUGAGCUUUUCUUGGCAAUCAGAAACUGGAUCACUAAUAUUCCUGGCUGGGCUUAUAUGCCACCUUCAAUUCCAGCUAACUUGCCAAGAACCGCUUACCCCGAUGUUACGCUGACAGUUUUCGAUACUGUCUCCGGAUUCAUAUUGGGAACGAAUCCAGAGUGUUGGAGCAGUCCGGAAACACCCAGAACUGCCGAGUACAUUCGACACGGAUAUGGCUACGUGUAUUACAACACGGUAAAAAAGUUUCGGGUUCAAAUGUUCAAAUUAUGUGACUGUUCUUAGACUAUUAUCGACUGUGGAACCCUUUACAUUCCAAAGUUUGCUGACAAUGCAUACAUUUUCCUCAAUCGCAACUUUAUUGUAAGAAAUAUUUAAAUAAUUGCAGAUUCAAACACGUAUUUUCCAGGGUGCGCUAUACAAAGAUUUUGCUGAUAUUCAUAACAAUACCAUUGAAGUUCAAGGAUGUUUGGAUAACGUCAACUCGCUUGAGAUUAUUAUUGAAAUCACCGGACGAUCCAGCAUAAAUUAUCCAGUGAUGUCUAGAGUGAGCCCAUCUUGCGAACUGAAAAAAGUGAUAUCUGCAGGGAAUUCAAGAUAAUGUCUACAUGCACAAUGUGACUCUGGAAAACUGGCAGAGUUGUCAAGUUCCUAUCGAGACGUAUGAGAUCAGUAUGGUCAAGAACUAUGAAAAAGAUUCAGAAACAAGUGUUGCACAAAAAUGA